AUGGACGAGUUCUCAGAUGCAGAAACGUCGGACCAUAGCGACGAUACAGAUGAUGACACCGAUGAUUCCAAUGAAGUCGGGCCCCCUCGCAAUGUGUUUGCCCCUGGCCAAGAGUGCACAGUCGGCACGGGGCGCAUCUUCCCUACCAAGUUCAAUCCCCCAAAUCCAAGUGACACGCCGAACUCGCUUUUCCCACUCACCAGAUCUGAGAGGGCCAGUCCACCUGUAUAUCGGUUCAUUCGUCGCGGCCAAACCAACCAAUUCCCGGUAUACACAGAUGGCGCGUGCUUGGACAACGGUGGUGCAAACCCAAGAGCCGGUUGUUGUUUCGUUUACAGAAAUACUAUGCGGGACCCCCAAGUUUGUGGCUAUAUAAGCUUUCCGCUGGAGAAGCAAGGUCCUACGGGCAUUGAGCAACCGCAAACAAGCAAUCGGGCUGAAUUGCGCGCUGUCAUUUCGGCUACUCGAUUUCGAUACUGGCCUGGCGAAGGUUGUACUUGUCUAGUCAUUGCUACUGAUUCGGAAUACGUGAACAACUGGAAGACGAAAGUGGGAGCGCCUGUCAAAAAUAAGGCUCUUUGGAAGUGUUUACUCGGGGAGGUGGAACGGUGGGAUGAGAAAGGAAUGCGGGUUCAAUUCUGGCGUAUUCCAGGACAAUGGAAUACAGAGGCAGACCAGCAUGCUAAAGAAGCUGCUAAUCAGGAUACGUCCCAGGUAUUCCAGGACAUCCUUGGUGCCCUUGUUUGA